AUGGCGCCGUCCGUUGAAUCGCUCGCUAAAGUGGAUGAGUCCAAGGAGGAAGUCAGUGAGCCCAAUGUCGUCCGGAUGCCGAUGGUAUCAUCCGAAGUGGACGAGGAAAAAUUGGCCCAAUUCCCCAACUGCGUGACCACCGAUAUCUUUAUCAAUCGAGUUCAAACUUCUGACCGAGUAUCUACCGCCUCGCCUUUUAAACGAUGGGUCAACAGCCUACGACCCAAGAAGGCGUUUGGACCAGAACCUUAUAUUGAAGGCUGGCAGCGCAUACCUCGGAGCAGCGGCGACCAGGAUCACCUCUCACCGCACCCUGGGUCGUUGGAACAGCAAUGGGAGAAACUCUCAGGGAAGUCCUCUCACCUGGGCACGAUGAAGACAGCCACAAUGAGUACUAUGAGUCAAAGCGUCGCUAGGUCAAGAAGAACGACUCAGAGCACCACGAAUCGAAGCAAAUCGGACUUUCGAGCCUCCAUGGACAGUUUGAGGCCAACGCUCAGCGUUUGUAUCGACGAGGAAGCUCAAAAUCGUGCCCUCAAGCGACGGCAAGUGCUUCAAGAGAUCAUCGCCACAGAAUCAGACUAUAUUUUCGACUUGAAGGCGCUCUCGGAUUUGCUCCUGACUACAUCACCGCGAUCCGAAAUCUACUUCAAUGUCCAGCAGAUCCGCGAAUGCCACGAGAGCUUCCUUAGGCGGAUUCGAAGCUUGAUCCCAUCUUCAAACCUUCCUCGGAUGCAGCUCGAAAGGAUGAUGAACUAUGGAGUGCCGAUGCGCCCCGAGUUAGGUCUCAAAGCCUUCCAACCUCGGUCCUUGAGGACGCAAAGCCUCAAGGCGUCCGUCGAUCGCCGAUUGAAACAACUAGCAUCGGAAGCAAAUGAGGCCUUGGUAGUGGCUCGAGAGAUUGGGUACUUGUCAAAGUCUUUCAUAUACUAUAAAGAGUUCUGCAAGAACUACGAUGUCUUGGUCGAGGAUGUUGUCAUUUUACGCAAUACCGUUCGAAACUCGCAAGAAUUCGACCAAGGCAUAGAGGCUAUGACAAAGUCGGCUGCAUCGAUGGAGACACGUCCACUAUACAACAACAAAUCGCUAUGCAUGAAUGAUAUCCUUAUCAAGGUUGGUGGUGAAACACCAAUUGAUUCUUUAGAAGUCUCCGUCGCGCUAACAUAUAUCCAGCCCGCCCAACGCCUUUGUAAAUAUCCGCUGCUACUCCAGGAGCUGUUAAGAUGGACUCAUAUCCAGGAUGAUCCCUCUGCACAUGACGAGAUCCGGCAGGUUCUGGAAGAUGUCCGCGAAGUGCUUGCAGAGAUCAAUGAUGCUACUGCGAGUACUCUUAGCAGAAACUUCGUCGCAAAGACAUUUUUACUAAAUGAUCUCCUCGAAUUCAAAACGGUCACUGCCAUCGAUAUCUAUAAACAACUAGGUCCACUGACCCUUUGCGGUGUUCUGCACGUUACCUACCGAUCAUCAUCGACACAGCCAGGGCUGGUAAAGGGGGCUUUUAUGCUUAAGGACGAGAAAUACGAACUUGUCCUUAGCGCUUCGUCCGCCGCGGAAGAGAAACAAUGGAAGACCGGGAUUCUGAAGUCAGUGGCGGCGUCUGCCGAGAUGCCCAACGCAGUUGCGUCCGAACUUCGAGGGAGCUCGUUCCUAGUUCUAGACAUUACUCCGGAAGAAGAUGUUUCAGAUAUUACGCCGCAACUAUCCCGCAGACCGUCUCUACAGACCUUAGGGACAAUAGGCAUGCAACGAGUUCGAUCCAAUCUGCAACCAAUAAUAAUCCGAAAGACCCAUUGCCCGCAGAAGCACGGCCAGACGCAACAGGUUGACGGCGAGCUAGAACGUCCUAAAAUACCUCCGCCUAUCUCGGAACCGUUCACGAUCACAGCUAAAAGACAGGAUAGGAUUCGCCUGGAGCGUGCGAUCCAGCAAAUUUACACAAAAGAUCUGCUUCCAUACCCCGGAAUGUUCCUGGGCACGGGUGAGCUCUUUUUCGGGCCGGGCUCGAUUAUGAGACAUCUAAGCCUUCGGUCAAAGCGAUACAACCGGUCUAGCUCUGUAAAUCUGCCCAGCAGCUUCCCGAAAACAAGCCAACCACAAGCUGUUGACGAUUAUGAGGACAAGGUACAAGGCUCGACCAAGCGAAAAAGACGGGAAUCCUCGGAUCGCAGCCACAGCUUUGACCAUGAGAAGAGCUGGAUACUGCACAAAGACACCGCUCUGCUCAUGGGCCGUUCUAGGACUAUGAGGAUCAAAACGAGUUCUAGGUCAAUUCACAACACGAAGUCGCAGCAGCCGCUCAGAUCCCCCAAGUCAGACAAGAGCCCUGCCGCCCCAGACACGCACGCACGGAAAGGCCUCUGGACGAUAUUCAAUUCCAUGUCUUGUCGCUGGUCGAAGAAGCAUGCCCGCCCAAGUCUUGGUGGAGCGUGA